AUUAAUAAAUUGGAUAAUGAAUCGGUCGGAUAAAACGAGUCAAUUGAAACGAAAGUUUUUAGAUGGUAGCUGGAUUUAACCUCCUCUAAAGCAAAUGUCUGUAAUUCGAAUAAGUAGCAAACGUAAACUGACAUGAACAAGUUUUAACAGUGUAUGAAAAUAUUCACAAUAUCUAACCAAAAAUGACGAGAGGUACAGGAUGGCCUUAUAGGUCUUCGACGUAACAAGACGGCGCAUGUGUGCACAGUAUUCAUUUAUUACCUGUGUUCUGCGCAACGGGUUUUCGGUGUAAGGUAUUGGGGUGGGAUCUAUGGUUCUUCGUACGCAGGAAACGAAUUUGGGUAUUACACGCACAUGACUACAAAACACGGAUCACUACAAAUGAAAAUCGCGAUCGACUGAGCUGUAACGCCGCAUAGUAUGGUACAAGAUUACUAAUUUUAGGGAUGAAUGUAUUGAAGCGUUAUUUGCUCAGGUUAGCCUUCGACCCUGAAAACAUAGGGAAUGCUUUCCUUUAAAACGCUAGGAAAUUUUUACAGAACUACACGGCGUCACAUCCCCGAAAAGAGUUCUUUUCAAAGUCACCGCCGAGGGAACCUUGAAACUCGUGUUUUUGUUUGCUAUAUUUCGUCAUACAUUACAUGAUAAUACUGGGUCCCUCAACAGAUUGUGGUAGAAUAUAAGAAAUAACAGAUAUUGUCUUCGCGUGAUCUAUGAUCCGUGGCAUGAAUUCAGUGUAGGCACGGUAGGCACAGGCAAUUGUUGUAGUUAGUAAAAUCCAUACUGCCGGUUAUUGACUACGGACCAUUAAAUAAACUGUAGCGUAAUAAUAAUAAUGAACUGUAAGUACUGCAUGCGCUGCAAGUAUGGAGAGGAAUGCAGCAGUAUGUAAUGAUGUUUGAUGAACAGGUAUAUGAACUUAUACGAGUUGUGAGCUAUAUAGGUUAAGUCGUCUUGUGGAAUACCUAGAGGAUAACAAUGGAGUUAUGUUUGAAAAGAUCGAAUCAACACUUUACCGAAAGUCAAGUCUGCUGUGUGAAUGGAAAUUGGAAAGUAGAAGAUGGAAGUUGGCCGUAUGUUUUGGUUCACAAGUUACCACGCAGGGAACAAUUUUUAUUGUUGAUGAAUCAUCCGAACACUGUAUACUUCAAAGGUAUACUGUGCAUCUGUUUACUGAAGGGGAGUGUUGAAAUUCUGGGUUGCACCAUGAGUGUACGCACAAACACCCGGCAGACUGUGUAUUCCCCGAAAGGAUCCAGCAUGCUGAGCAUUGAAACCUGCUUCCCGUCACCUGCCAAUAAACCCGAUGAUGAAGUCGUGUUUGUAAACGUCGUUGACCUUGGUUUAGAGCUUUCAGAGGAAAUAAUUUCAGAAAUGCGACAUAAAGACUGCGUAGUUUUACUGGAGAAACCACGGCUUAGUCCUCUGGAAGGCUACUUGAAGACUCUAGGACCCUUUAUGCACUUAUUUACGUUUACCGAGUUGAAAGAAAGGUAUGCCAGAGUAAGAGAGUCUAGUCCAUUCUACAAAGUUGAGGAGAUGUUUCGGUGUGUGUUUGAAUUAUCGAACACUGCUGAAAACUUGAAAAGGCAUCAGAAAGGGCCUGACUGGGAAGAAAUUACAAAUUAUAUCAACAGAGAAUCAGCCCGUACUGUGGUAUGUGGUGGAAAGGGGGUUGGCAAGUCGACCUUUGUUAGGUUCCUGGUGAAUCAGAGCCUGCCAUUGUUCCGAGAGGUGUUGUGCUUGGACUUUGACCCAGGCCAACCAGAGUUCACCAUCCCAGGUUGUGUGUCUGCUGUCAUUGUUAAGCAGCCGCUUCUGGGACCAAGCUUCACACAUCUCACUACACCAGAACAAAUGGUAUUUGUGGGGGAAGUGAAUAUCGCACAGUGCCCCAGCCAGUAUGCAGACAGUGUUCAGCACAUCAUAUCAUACUGCAACUCCCAACCCAAACUAUUGAGGAUGCCAUGGAUUGUCAACACAAUGGGGUUCAAUAAAGGAGUUGGUGUGGAUUUAACAACGUCUGUGAUCCGCAUGCUGAAGCCACAGCAUGUGGUUCAGAUUCAGAGCGCCAACGCUGAGUUCAACUUCCCUGAACCACUGAGUCCACCAUAUGUGUGUUCCUACCAGAACAGAUUCUGUGAGCUGCCCCCUGAUGACCCCUUGAAGUAUGUCCUGCACACCAUGAGGACCAUGGCAGAGAACAAGAAGGGAAUGGCACCAUGGGGAAUGGGGGCGCCACGCUUACGAGAGGCGGUGAUAUUGUCGUACCUCAGUCGCAUGGUGCAGCCACCGAAAUACAUCCUUGCAGAUACAGUGCCAUACAUGAUCCCAUUUUGCAAGGUCGUGCUGUGUGUGUGCCAUACCAAGCUGCCAUUUUGUCAGAUUCUGAGUGCCAUUAAUGGCAACCUGGUAGCCCUCUGCUCGUACAGUGGCAGCGAUAUCCUUGUGCCUGAUGAUCCCCAGCUGCCAUCUGUUCUGGGUCAGCAGCCUGUCUGCCCCUGUUUGGGGUUUGGCAUAGUACGAGGUGUUGAUAUGCAGGAGAAAUGUCUGUUCCUCAUUACACCAGUUCCAGAAGCUGUAUUGAGUACCGUCAACUGCCUGAUGCUGGGGACCAUCAUGUUGCCCAGUUAUGUCUAUAGCACUGCCAGUGAGUGUGAGGGCGAAAUACCCUAUAUGGCUACUGGACCUGGGCAUCCAUUGAGUAAGGUAGCCAGUCGCUUUUUCCGUCCAUCACAGCACAUAUAUGGCACCAGGAGAAAAUAAGGCGUGUUACAGCCCUUAGGAUUACAGCUGCUUUUUGUAAUUUGUGUGAUUUGUGAUAUAAUAAUAAAUAAUAACUCCGUGGCUUUUAGCUCACAAAUGAACUAUAUUGAA